AUGGCGCUGCUGAGCGAGGUGUGGGAGGUGAAGUUGAAGCCCAAUGUCAUCAGCUACAACGCUGGCAUCAGCGCGUGCGAGAAGUGCGUGCAGUGGCAGCGGGCGCUGGCGCUGUUGAGCGAGAUGUGUGAGGCGAAGCUGGAGCCCGACGUCAUCAGCUACAGCUCUGGGGUCAACGCGUGCGAGAAGGGCGGGCAGUGGCAACAGGCGCUGAGCAUGCUUAGAACCAUGCGCUUGAGAAAGUUGGACGUUGGCUUCAUGGCCUACGGAAUUACAGCCAGCAUGUGCGAGCAAGGCGGGCAAUGGAGCCAAGUGCUGUCUUUGAUCAGGGAGGUGCGUGACCUAGUUACAGGUGGGUGA